AUGUCUCUGAAACAAAAACCGCCUUCUUCAAAGGAGGACCUUCGGGGACAGUUUUCAGAUAUUCAGAAAAGGUUAUUUAGCAAAUCUAGCCAAAAUAAAACCGAACUGAAUAAGACUAAUGAAAAGCAACCCCCAAAUCUACCAUUAUUGAGUGACCAGUCGAAUCUCACUCAUCAGGCUUCUAAUAAGAGUUUGAAUCCUUCAGGAUCGUUAGGUUCGUCGGUACCACAUCCGACACCGGCGUUAGGACCUGAAACAAAGGGUAAUGACAUGAAUUUCGUGGUGGGACUUAGUGAAAAUUUACUUGGUGAAUGCCGUAGGUUGACGGCGGAAAACCAGAAAUAUAAGGCUAAAUUGAAGACUACGAUGUUAGAAAUUCAAGCUUACAAGGAUCAAAACUCAUCAUUGCAGAAUUCCCGGGAUUUUCAGAUCAACAACGAAAGUGACUUGAAGGACAAAAAUUGGGAAUUGGAAUCGAAUUUAUUGAGUUUAAACGACAAGAUCACAAGUUUAAGUGGGACCAAAGAAAAGUUAUUGAAACUGAACCAGGAACAAUUAGCAAAAUUGAGCCACAUUCAAAAUCAGAAUGACGAUUUACAAUUGAAAAAUGCCUCUCUAUCCAAAGAUUACGAUAAGUUGAAAACAACAUACAAGAAAGAAAUCUUGGAGUUAUCAGACAGAAUUGACGAAUUGAAUGAUGAAAAUGAUCAAUUGCAUAUAAAAUUAUCUGGAGUAGAUAAGUCAAAUACAAGCCAGAUGGAGACAAUGGAUCGUUCAGAACUUAAAGAUGCGGUAAUCCAUAAUGAAAGUUUAGAUUCAGAGAUGGAUUCUUUAGAUAUCAAUAGCUUAUUAAAGGAAUCACAACCUGAAAUACCACCUGUAUCUGACCCAAGUAAUCCUGCAUUGGAAUUAGAAACAUUGAGAGCAACAUUAAACCAUUCGAAUAGAACCAUAGCCAAAUUGAGGGCUUCAUUACUAAGAUAUAGAUUCGAUAAGGAUGACAAUGAGAUACAAACCCCGAUAAAACUGAGAGUUAAUAAAAAGAGAGGCACUAAGAAUGAGUAUAAUGAGUCUAAACGUAACUCUAUCGCAUUGUCUCCUUCAAAGAGGAACUCCAAGUUAAUUAUAUUAGACGAUGAGUCUAACAAUAGUCAAUAUCCUAAUGACGGCGGUAAGUGGGAAGAUUUCCUUGACGAUAAUAUAACAGCAGGUAGGUCACCUACUCGGGUCUUAAAUCCUAAUACAACGGACCAUGGUAACACUACUAUUGACUCUGCUGAUGAGUCUUUCAAGAAUAUUAAUACUGAUAUAAAAUCAAGAGAUAACGAUGCUCCAUAUCUUACUGAUUCUUCUGAUUCUGAUGAAGACGUGUCACCAUCUCAAGGACAAAAAGAAAGCUUGUCCAAAGAAUUGAUGAACACUAGCUUUACAAGGAAGCAAUUAGACGAUUACGCUAAUGAGAAUAAUUUGAUUUUGUUACUGUAUGAUAAAUAUGAGGGACUUAUGAAGAACGAAGCUCAAUCUGUUUCAAAGGACGAUUUCAUUAAAAUUGCUCAAGAUAGAGGGUUUAUGAUAAUGAGUAAGGAGGAACAUUCUAGACUUUUGAACGAAGAUGAGAUGAAAAAGAGAUUGGAAUCAAGAGGAUUGGUUACCUUGCCUGUUGAUGAACAUGAAAACUUGGUGCACACUAAUGAUUCAUAUAAUAAGCCAGAUAUGGAAUACCUUUCUUCAAAGGCAGCCGAGUCUGGAUACGAAAUAAUUGAAAAAGAAGAUCUUCAGCGAUUGAAUAAGAAGGUCGUUAAUUAUAAUAAACCCUCGCAGAAUUAUUUGAUUUCAAAAUGUAAGGAUUAUAACUUACAUGCUCUACUGAAUGAUGCAUACGAGAACUAUCAAAAAUUAACAGUUGAAUUGGAAAAACCAACUAAAGCGUAUAUUACUAAUAAAGCAAACGAAUUAGGAUUGAUAGUAUCGCCUUCUAAGUUUUAUGACGAUUUGGUAAACUUGGCGCAAAAUCCGUCCGUUGAUCACAUCAAGUCAAAGGCGAAAGAAAAUAAAUUGAAUGUUUUGAGCAAUGAAGAACAUGCUAAACUUAUCAGUCCUUCGAUUGAAACUUUAACUUCAAUGGCCAAGGAAUAUGGAUUUGUCUUAUGUUCCGACAAGGAUUAUGCUGAAUUAAACGUUUUAGCUCAUAAUCCGACAUUUGACCAUUUAACUUCAAAAUCAGCCGAUUUGAAUUACAAAUUAAUUGCUGAGGACGAAUAUUAUAGAUCACUACAAUUAAUUAAUUCUCCACCGGUAGAUCAUAUUAAACGAGUAAUAGAAAAAGACUAUAGGGUUAUAAAAAAUUCAGAAUAUCUGACAUUAGAUAAAUUGGCUAACAGUCCUAGUUUGAGCCACGUUAAAUCAAAGGUUGAAGAACAUGGAUUGAUUACUUUAACAAAAGAAGAAUAUACUGAUCUAUUCAAAGCAGCUCACGAGCCUUCUAUAGCCCAUAUAAGAAAUAAAGCUGAAGUAUUUGGUAAUAUUCUUGUUGAAAAAGAGCAAUACAACAUGUUGAUAGAAGAGAAGAAUGCUCCAUCUUUAGAAUAUAUGGAGCAGAAAGCUAAGGAUAGAGAUCUUGUGCUUGUAGAGGAAAAGCACUAUAAAACACUUGAGUCAAUUUCGAAUAAUCCUACAUUAGGAUUUCUUGAAGCCCAAGCUUCAAAACAAGGCUAUGACAUAAUGGAACAUAAUGAGCAUCAAAAUCUUUUGAAGUUAGCAUUUGAGCCAGAUUUAGAACAUCUUAAAUCACACGCAGACGCAUCAGAGCAUACAAUUGUAGCAAAGAAAGAUCAUGAAGAAUUAGACAAAUUAUCUCACAAUCCACCAAUUGAUCACAUAAAGAGCAAAGCGGUACUCCACGGUCAUCAAUUAAUUCCUAUCGAUGAUUACAAGAAGCUAGAUUUAUUGGCCAACGAGCCUCAUAUUGACCACCUCUCAGAAAAAGCGAAAUUGCUAGGUUACAAAACUAUUCAGAAUGAAGAAUUUGAUGACCUUUAUCUAUUGGCACAUAAGCCUUCUAUUAAUCAUAUUAAUUCAAAGGCUAAAGAUUCUGGAUAUGUGGCCACAAAAGUGAGCGACUACAACGAGUUGAAGAAGUUAGCAGAGGAACCACCUAUUCAACAUCUUAUUUCUAAAGCAGACAACUUAGGUUAUUCAGCAAUCAAGAAAGAAGAGCUUUCUGAUUUAAAGAAGUUAGCAGAGGAACCACCUAUUCAACAUCUUAUUUCUAAAGCAGACAACUUAGGUUAUUCAGCAAUCAAGAAAGAAGAGCUUUCUGAUUUAAAGACGUUAGCAGAGGAACCACCUAUUCAACAUCUUAUUUCUAAAGCAGACAACUUAGAUUAUUCAGCAAUCAAGAAAGAAGAGCUUUCUGAUUUAAAGACGUUAGCAGAGGAACCACCUAUUCAACAUCUUAUUUCUAAAGCAGACAACUUAGGUUAUUCAGCAAUCAAGAAAGAAGAGCUUUCUGAUUUAAAGACGUUAGCAGAGGAACCACCUAUUCAACAUCUUAUUUCUAAAGCAGACAACUUAGGUUAUUCAGCAAUCAAGAAAGAAGAGCUUUCUGAUUUAAAGAAGUUAGCAGAGGAACCACCUAUUCAACAUCUUAUUUCUAAAGCAGAAUCAAUUGGGUAUGUGGUAACUAAAGAAAAUAAAUUUAAGGAGUUAGAGAACAUUGCAAGUAAUCCAUCUAUUAAGUAUAUUAAAGAAAAGGCAGAUUUGUUAAACUAUGUAGUUUUACAUAAACCGGAACAUAAAAAGCUACGUCAAAAAAUCGAAAGCCCAACAAUUAAAGAAAUCGAAAAUAGCGCUGGUAAGAAGGGUUUGGUUGCAGUGGACAGCAAAGAAUUCACAACUUUGAAGAGCUUGGCUAAUGAGCCUACUGCUGAUCAUAUUAUUUCUAAAUCUAAUGCUGUCGGUUUAGUAUGUCUCACCGUUCUGGAUCAUAAAGAAUUAUCAGACUUUUUCCAUAGACCUACCAAAUUGCAACUUGAAGUUAAGGCGAAAGAAAUAGGUUUGAUUAUUUUGGAAGCUAAAGAAUACAACGAUAUGGUAGAACAGCUGAAAAAGCCAUCUCUUGAUUAUUUGAAGCAGAAAGCUGCCGAAAAUGGAUUAACUACUUUAACAAUUGAAGAACAUAACAAGUUGGAUGAAUUGGCUCAUAAACCUUCCAUUGAACAUGUAAAAUUAAAGUCUAGGGAUCUUGAUAUGACCAUAAUGUCUAUAAAAGAUCAUGAAAAAUUACAAAAAAUGGCGUACCACCCAACUUUAGAUGAUCUAACUGAAAAAACAAAGGAGUUGGGACUAACUAUUAUGCAGAAUACUGAUUAUGAGAUAUUAGUGAAAUCUUCAAAUAAUCCACUGGUUGACAGUAUAAAACAAAAGGCGUCUGCUAAUAAUUUGAGAGUUUUAGAUGAAUCCGAAUAUAAAGACUUACAGAACAGGGCAGAUAAGCCAUCUCUUGAAUGUAUUCAAUUGAGAGCUGAAGCUAUGGGAUGUACAAUUCUCAAGAAGGAAGAUCAUAAGAAAUUAGAGGCAUUGGCAAAUAAACCAACAAAAGAGCAAGUUUCAGAAUUAGCAUCCAAAUUGAAUUUGACAACCUUGAGUAAAUCUCAACACAAUGACCUCGUAAAUUUAGCCAAUAAUCCUAACAGUAAGCAUAUUGAUUUAUGUGCAAGAAAAUUAGGACUUGUCACCAUGAAGAAGGACCAGCAUGAUAAAUUAUUGCAACUUUGCAAUAACCCAAAUUCUGAAUUCAUCAAAGAAGCGGCUUCAAAGGCUGGAAUGAUUGCUAUCAAACAUGAUAAGCAUAAUACUUUGAUGGAGUUGGCGAACGACCCUUCUCUUUCUCAUAUUGAGAAGCUUGCAACAAAGAAGGGGCAUGUUGUUAUUGCUAAUGAAGACUUUAACAAGUUGGAAAAAUUAGCGAAUAAUCCAUCUGAGGAACGUAUAAAUACGCUAGCCAAGAAGAUAGGUUUCCUUUCGAUACCAGAACAGAAAUAUGGAGAAUUACUUAAUCCAAACAAGAAAAUGAUUGAAAAACAUGCCAGUAGUCAUGGUUUUGUGUUGUUAUCUAAACAAAAACAUGACGAAUAUAAUGAAACUAUAAGUAAUCCUAAAGAUUUCAUAUUGAAAAAUGCUCGAUCAUAUGGAUUAGUAGCUAUAUCAGACGAAAAGUAUAACGAGAUUUCAUUGAAAGCGAAUAAACCAAAUAAAAACCAUCUUAUUGAAAAGGCUUCUUUAGUCGGAAUGGUAGCUUUAACGAAGAAUCAACAUGAUCAGCUACUUUCUAAAAUAUGUGAGCCUCGAAAUAACUCAAGUGAUUUAGAUUUUGACACCAUUGUCAAGUCGGCCUCUCAUUCUGGCUACGAAUUAAUAAAGAAAGAAGAUUUGAUUGAAAUGCAAAGUCUGCUUGAAAAUCCAACUAUAAAGUUGUUAACAGAGCACGCUGAGAAGCAAAACCAUGUAAUACUUCCUAAACAACAGUUUAUUGAGAUGGAAAGAAGUAUUAAUUCGCCUUCUUUAGAAUUUCUUAUACAGCAUUCAAACAAGAAUGAACAUCGCUUAAUUCCAGAGUAUGAUUAUAAAGAUAUCAGAGAAAAGAUUGAUAACCCAAGUAUUGAUUUCAUAAGACAAAAAGGUGAAAGUAAGGAGCUAGUUAUUUUGAAUAAGGAUGAAUACAAAGACAUAAACAACCCAAGUCGUGAAAAAAUACUUGAGUAUGUUUCCAAAAUCGGACUUAUUGGUAUCGAAAAGUCCACAUAUGACAAUUUCCAAGAAACUAUUUCCUCGCCAUCGAUUUCAUUCUUAACAGAGAAGGCAUCAAACAACGGGUAUACUAUGAUACCUCAAGGUGAAUUUGAUGAAUUAAAUGAAAAAGUUUUAAACCCAUCAAAAGAUUAUUUACAAGACAAAACGAAAUCAAUCGGAUUUGUUUUAUUGAAUCAAAGCGAACAUGAUGACCUAGUUAGAUUAGCUCAUCAUCCGGAUGAAUCUCAUUUACAUUUAGUUGCGUCAUUAAUAGGAUUAACUGUGAUGGAAAGCAGUCAAUACGAUGCUUUGAAUUUACAAGUCACAAGUCCUACUCUUGAACAUGUUUCCGAAAAAGCCAUGUUACUUGAUCAUAUUGUUUUACCUAAAAAUGAACAUUCUUCAUUAUUGAAGAAUGCGAAUAAAUCUUUGAUUGACAGAGCAAAUGAGGAAAAUAUGAAAGUUAUUAGUAUUGAAGACUAUGGUUUGAUGGAAAAGAGUAUCGAUAACCCAAGUAUUGAACAUAUUACUAGAAAAGCUGAACAUUAUGGCUACACCGUAAUUCCUUCGUCAGAUUUGAGUAAAUUAUAUUAUGAUGCAGAGAAGCCUAUUCAUCAAAAGGCCGAAGAGCUUGGUAUGGUGGUACUUUCUGUCGAAGAAUUCAAUAAAUUGACAGAAGAAAUCGCAUCACCAUCUACUUCAUACUUGUCAGGAAAGGCAGAAGUAUUAGAUAUGGUGAUGAUAACCAACGAUGAAUACAGCAAGCUCAAAGAACAUUCUAAAAAGACAGUUCAUGAAAUUGCGAAAGAAUCAAGUAUGCUUGCUUUACCAAUGUCAGACUUAGAUGCAUUAUGGUGUCAUUUUGGUAUGAAUAUGAAGAUGGACGCGAAGGCGCUUGAAAAGGGUCAAACCGGUAUUUUCAAAGAAAACUUACAGAAAGUGAUCGAGAAAGUGGAGUCACCUUCGUUAGAACAUAUUACUGAAAAGUUGGAUAGGUAUGAUUAUGUGGCGGUGCCCCAAGAGAAAUAUGACAACUUAAUUUCGUCUUUCAAUGAACCAUUCGAAGUUAAAGCUAAAAGACAAAACAUAAAGCCGAUUUCAUCUGUUGAUUACAACAAACUAAUGGAACAGAUUGACAACCCUACGUUGGAGAGUCUUUCCGAGAAGCUGAAGAUCCACGACCACUUAGUUGUGCCUAAGAGUGAAUAUGAGACUUUGAAGAAGCAGGUCGAAACCCCUACGUUGGAGAGUCUUUCCGAGAAGCUGAAGAUCCACGACCACUUAGUUGUGCCUAAGAGUGAAUAUGAGACUUUGAAGAAGCAGGUCGAAACCCCUACGUUGGAGAGUCUUUCCGAGAAGCUGAAGAUCCACGACCACUUAGUUGUGCCUAAGAGUGAAUAUGAGACUUUGAAGAAGCAGGUCGAAACCCCUACGUUGGAGAGUCUUUCCGAGAAGCUGAAGAUCCACGACCACUUAGUUGUGCCUAAGAGUGAAUAUGAGACUUUGAAGAAGCAGGUCGAAACCCCUACGUUGGAGAGUCUUUCCGAGAAGCUGAAGAUCCACGACCACUUAGUUGUGCCUAAGAGUGAAUAUGAGACUUUGAAGAAGCAGGUCGAAACCCCUACGUUGGAGAGUCUUUCCGAGAAGCUGAAGAUCCACGACCACUUAGUUGUGCCUAAGAGUGAAUAUGAGAAGUUGAAUGAUGAAGCUGCCGAAUAUAAAAACAAUGUUUUAAACAAAACGAUCAUAGAGACAUCUAUGUACGAAGAUUUACGUGAUAAGGCUAACGAUCCAGGUUUAGAUCAUCUUAAAGAGAAAUCUCUAAAAUAUGAUCAUUCCCUAAUUUUGACUGGAGAAUUAGCUGAACUCAAAAGUGUAAUAGAUAGCCCUUCAUUGGAUCAUAUUAAAGAAAAGGCUGAAAAGCGAGAACAUAUUGUAAUAAGCCGCCCAGAAUUUAUAGACUUAGAGAGCAAAGCUAAUGAGUCAAUUAAGAACAGGGCCGAUAAAUUGUCAUUGAAGUUGAUUGGAGCAAAAGAUUUGGAGGAGUUACAAAAAGUUGCUUCUGAGUCUAUAGAAGAUAAGGCUGCUAAAGUACAAAUGAAGAUUAUUCCGAUUGACGAAUUUAAGAAUUUAGAGAAAAGUGCAAUUGAACCACUAACUCUGAAGGCCGAGGCUGCAAAUCUAAAGUUGCUAACAUUGGAAGAAUAUCAAAAACUUGAAUCACCUUCAUUAGACUAUAUCUUGGAAAAGGCAAACCUUCGUGGAUUCUCUAUUAUAGAUUCGAAGGAAUUAGAUGAGUUACGUAAGUCAAUGGAGGAGCCAUUGGAACUUAAAGCUGCAAGUAGAAAGCAACGAAUCAUAUCAAUCUCUGAAUUUGAUAAAUUGCAAGGAAAUAUAGCAAAUCCAUCAUUAGAAUACUUAAUGGAGAAGGCGUAUUCUCAAAGACAUAGAAUCGUUGAAGCAGAGAAGUAUGAUAGCUUGAAAUCUGUUGCGAAUAGAUCAUUGGAAGAGCAUGCAAAAGAAUCAGAUAAGAAAAUAAUUUGUCCGGAAGAAUAUAAUGACUUAUUAGUCAGAGCUAACAAGCCGUCAAUUGAAAGCAUCAAAAACAAUGCAUUGUUGAAUGGGUUAACAGUCUUAUCAAUUGAAGAAUACGAGCAAUUGCUGUCUGUAGCCAAUCAACCUUUCGAUGAAAAAGUUAAAUCUCUUGGUUUAGUAGCCAUUGACAAGGCUGAAUAUGAAAAUUUGAAAUCACAAAUGAACAAGCCUACUCCUGAAUUUCUUUCAGCAAAAGCACGAGAGUGUGGUCUACAUAUCAUGCCAAUUGAGGAAUUUGAAUCUAUCGAAAAGGCUAUUGAUGAUAAACUAAGAGACGUGUCAGACGCAGAGAUUAUUGAAAUGGCAGAAAAUCGUGGUUAUAGAGUAAGCUCUGGGGAGAUCUCUAUAGAGAAGGCUGCACCAGUUCCGGACUUGUAUAGCGGUAUCAGUAGAAGCGAUCUGACUGGAGACUUUGAUGCAGAUGAGUUGACUAAAAAGGCAGCAAAUAUUGAUAUGGUUGUGAUCUCCAAACAAGAAUAUGAAGAGCUUUCAAACCCAAGAUUGUGCGAACAACGCUUGCGAGACCAGGCGAAAGAGUUAUCUCUCACAUUAGUACCAGAGGUUGAUAUAUUGAAGAUGAAGCAAAGCAUUGCAGAAAAAGAUUUCCAAAUAUUUAAUUUGGGUAGAAAUUCAGAGUCAGAUUUUAGUAAAGAAGCAUUAAUUAACAAGCUGUCAGAAAUUGAUAUGGUUUUAUUAGAAAAGAAAGAUUAUCAUGAAUUGAAAUCGCUUGCCAAUAUCGGUAAAAAUCCUCCUCCGAUAAAUUUGUCGGUGGCUGAGCUUACUUCAGUGGCUUCCGAAUUAGGGUUAUCAGUUAUUACAGAAGACGAUUUUGCCAAGUAUGAAAAGUUAUCGAGAGUAGUAGAAGAUAAGGAUAAGUUGACUGAAGUUGGUAGAAAAUUAGGACUUUUAUGUGUACCGAAAUCUGCCUUUGUUGCAACUACAGUUUCAAGGACUGCUGAUGUGAACAAGGUGACAGUGAUACCGACGACUUAUUAUAACAAAUUAACAAGAAACGAUUCUUUGUGCAUUGAAAAAGUUUCCGAUGAAACUUUCAAGAAGUAUGCAGAGAAACGUGGAUAUACUCAUACGGAUACUUUACAGGCUGUUCCAAAAUCAAACAGUGGAAGUCCUGAAAUGAAUUUAGUCUCAAAAUUUUCGCAACCACCACCAGGAGGAAACAUAAAGAGUCCUCCAUCAUUUGGGUCAACCGGUUCGUACCAUAAGCAAAUGAACACCUUAACCGCAUCCAAUUCAAUCAGAUCCAAUUUGUCACAUUAUUCCAAUGUCAACAGUAUUAGUGAUUCACUUCACACUACUGGUGUUCUCUCAAUGGCAACAAACGUUUCAUUAACUGAUAAAUCUAUGAUACCGGCAAUUACACAAGUUGUUAUUGGAGAAUAUUUAUUCAAGUACUAUCGCCGUUUAGGCCCAUUGAGCUCAAUUUCAGAGAGUCGUCAUGAAAGAUAUUUCUGGGUUCAUCCAUAUUCGUUAACACUUUACUGGUCGUCAUCGAAUCCUGUACUUACCAACCCGGCUGAACUUAAAACUCGAGCAGCUGCGAUCAUUGGUGUUCAAAGCGUUGAAGACAAUAAUCCUUUGCCAACAGGUUUAUACCAUAAAAGUAUUAUUGUUCAUUCCCAGAAUAGAUCAAUUAAAAUAACAUGUGCUACAAGACAACGCCAUAAUAUAUGGUAUAAUGCUUUGCGUUAUUUAAUUAACAGAAAUGUUGACGAUUUGACCUUUGAUAAUGAUCAUUUUGAAGAGGGUGAUAAAUCGGGAAAUAAUAAGGAUGGUCUCUACGAUAUUGGUGAUCGUCAUGCUCUUCCUAGACCAAGGAUAUCGUCCACCCCUCCUAAUAUACUAAGAAGUCCAUCAUCGGGUAAAAUAGGGCGGUUUCAUUCAUUAAGAAAUUAA